ACGACAUGUGUAUGUUAUCAGACAUACAACAUUCUCUGCUGUUCCUCAUACUUGAUAAGCGAAAUGAUACGGCCGCGCACCGUGCUGCGUCUCGUUCUAUAUGUGUCGCAUACUUGGUUAGCCCUUGCCAUUCUCUACGCUGGCCUACCUAGCUUUGCUCGGAUCGACGAUGGCACUGAAUAUGCAACCAAAUUGACGUCUCCAGGCGAAGAAAGCGAUGACGGGUCUCCUGUCAGCCUAUCUGUCUCUGCACCAGCGGGCGAUACGGAUGGUAUUAGUCUGCCGUGGUUUGACAAGGCAGAUGCAGUCAUGAUGUUUCAUUUCAUACAUCGUGACGAAGCACUGGUCAAGCUGAACGUGGGAUUCGAAAAGGAUAAGAAGAGACUGGAUGUGUGGCCAGCUGGAGAGGACCGUUAUAAGAAAAACCUUCUCUCUCUAACCCUCGACAAUGCUGAAAAGGAGAGUACUACCCGUAUCUUAACGGCGAGCGUCCCUCAUCCUCCCUUAUCAUUGUCGCCAAGUCCGACAUACCACGUUCGACUUGCUAUUCUGGUGGUCCUUGCACCGUUAACACUUCUCUUGAUGGGCGUAUAUGUGGGCCUAAUAUCCCUGAUUUCUACAAUUUUCAGACUUCUAUUUUCACUUUUUUGGGUAUUCGCACUGUUGUUCCUGGGUCGUUGGGUCUAUAAAGGUAGACCGCCUGUAGGUGAGUUCAUUCAGGAGAUCAGGAACGAUGCAAAGGCUCUUGUGAAGAGGGUGCGAACAUGGAGGAGUGGACAGUCGUCAAAUAGAGGCAAAGACGAGGAGCAACCGCCUCUAGACAAUGAGGAAGUGAAGCCGGAUCUGGAAUUUGAAAAAGCGGAUGUAUCUUAA